CCCAUCGGCGGUCGGCCGUUGCUUCAUCCGGUUUUCUUUUGGUCGUGUUUUCUUCAUUGAUUCUGUGGGCUCAAGUCGGCCCAAUUUUUUCAGUCCAGGCCUCAAUCAGCCCAGUGAUCGACCCAACUACAGUCUCGCUCUCUCGACCCAACUUCAUAAACAUAAGCCACACUCCUGGAACCCGGCCUUAGCUCUGCUUUGAAACCAAAGAAGAACAAUUCAUGGCGAUGGCGAUGCAGCGGUGCGGCGGGGCAGCGAGGCGAAUUCUGGCGGCGGCGACGACUCAGCAACAGCAUUCAUCUUCAUUUUCUUCACUGUCACCGUCUUCUUCUUCAUCAUCGUCUAUCCCCUAUUCAGUGUUAGGGUUCCCGAUUCAGUGCGGCCGAGGGGACAAGAAAACGAAGAAAGGGAAGAUAUUCAUCGGCUCGUACGGGAACUCGAGGCCGAAGAAGGAGAAGAAGAUUGAACGGAUCAAGGACAAAAAUGAGCUUCCCAGGUCCACUCCUUGGCCCCUCCCCUUCAAGCUCAUCUGAAAAAAAAAAUCGAUGCUUUCCUGUUUUGGAUUUUAUACGCAAUUAGGUUUUCAGAUUUUGCUCUGUUCGUAAAGUAUGAACCCUGUUAGGGUUUUGAUCGUUGAAUGUGGAAUGUGCACUUUUUGCUAUUUUGCUCAAAAUAAAGCUGUGUGCUUUUUCUUGCGGCCGUGAAAAUUGGUCUAUUUUUGAUUUAGAUGAGUGAACAUCUCAGUUCCUCUGUUUGCGUCAUAGGCUGUGAAUGGAUUCUUUCUGCUAGUACUAGUAGUGAUCAAGUUUCUCAUCGCCAUGGAAGGACUUAACCAGAGGGGUGAGGUAUCUUAACUAGGACUUCUGAGUAAGGAACCUUGAUUGCCAUUUAGUUAUGGGAAUUAUGCAGGCAAGGCAAGAACACAUGGCAUGAAUAGUUGAUCUGCCUGGUUUUCAGGUUGCGCCCUUCAUAAUGCGUUAAGAAUGUGGCGUUCUGUCACUUGAAGUUAUAGCUCUAGAAUGUAGAUAAUACCCUGGGCAGAAUGAAUUGAAUCUCAAGCU